GCAUGCGUGACAUAACCUCAGAAAACCACAACUAACCGUUUAAACCCCCAAUUGGGUUAUUUCAGGCCUAAAAACGCGACAUGUCCGAAUAUGAGCACGUCCGUGGCGGGAAACUGGUCCUCAAAGGCGAGAAACACAAGUCGAAGAAACGCAAACACAAGCGUAAGCGCGAAGACUGCGCCCCGAAGGUGGACUCCGAUUGCCUGGCCCACGGCAAUUGGUGGCGCGUGUCCAAAAUUGAGGAUAUCACAGGGCCUGUGGCUAUAGAGUUUGGCAAACACACCUAUGUUAGGGCCCUUGAUAGCGGGUUGUUCACGCUCGGGGCCCCCCAUGACGAGGGCGAGGGCCCCUCGCCUGAGGAAGUCCUGACCGCGGUGCUGAUUGACGAGCGCAAGGUGGCGUUCAAGUCGGGGUAUGGCAAGUAUUUGAGGGUGGAGAAGAAUGGGGUUGUGACAGGCAGGUCGGACGCUAUUGGGGCUAUGGAGCAGUGGGAGCCCGUUUUUCAGGAGGGCAAGUUGGCGCUGCAGAGUUACUCUGAUUGUUUCAUGAGUGUGAAUGAUGAGGACGAUGCGGUGGUGGCUGUGGAUAAGAAGGCGGGGCCUGAGCAUAUGGUACAAGUGAGGUCACAGACUGUCAAAGAUGUGAACCCCCUGAAGGACGUGCCGGCGGAGGAGCAAGGGGAUCUUCAGCAAGUUGAAAUUAAUUACGUUAAAAAAUUCCAAAAGUUCCAAGACAAGCGUCUGCGCAUUUGCAAGGAAGACUCCUCGCAGUUGAAGAAAGCGAAGGAAGAAGGGACGUUUCAUGAGGCUUUGCUGGACAGAAGGAGCAAAAUGAAAGCGGACAGAUAUUGCAAAUGAAUCAAUUGUCUAAUGGAAUUUAUUGAUAUUUCCUAAUUUACGAUGUAAUUUUAUUUUACAACAAAAAACAUACAAAAUUAAUUUUA